AUGGAAGAAGAAGGAAGCAAGUCAAAGAAGAAGGUGAUGGUGGCGAUUGAUGAGAGUGAAUGCAGCCAUGACGCAUUAGAAUGGGCACUCAGGAACCUUCAGGAAUCUCUUGUCAAUUCGGAGUUGAUUGUUUUUACAGCACAACCCAUUUCUGAUUAUAGCUAUCUCUACGCAUCUUCCGUGGGAAAUGCUCCUUGCAGUUCGUAUGGUGGUAUUCCAUUUGCAGCUCCAGAACUAAUCAAGAAUUUUCAAGAACAGCGUCAGAAAUUCGCCGAGGAUCUGCUAGCUAAAGCCAAGGAAAUAUGUGACAAACUUGGGAUCAGUGCAAAAACAAUGACUGAAGUAGGGGAACCCAAACAGACCAUAUGCGAAGCCGUGGAAAAACACAAUGUUCAAUUGCUUGUUUUGGGCACCCAUGGGAAAGGAGUCCUGGAAAGGACUUUCUUAGGGAGUGUGAGCAACUACUGUGUUCACAACGCUAAGUGCCCUGUUCUGGUCGUCAGGAAAACAGACUGA